GUACUCAUCUCUCUUGCUCUCAAAGUCGUCUUGUCUUGCUCUCGCCGCUACCUCGCACACGCAUUAUCUAUUUUACUGUCUGUACACAUACCCUUUGCAGGAGCCACUGACCGCGCAAUAUCAUGGCCGAACACUCGAAUGCGCCACCGCGGCGACCGGAUGUGAAGCGCAAGCUAGUCGUAGUUGGAGACGGCGGCUGUGGCAAGACCUGUCUGCUCAUUGUAUACGCAGAGAAUCGCUUUCCAGAGUCGUACAUCCCAACAGUAUUCGAGAACUACGUGACCCUCGUGCAAUUCGACGGCAAGCUGGUUGAACUCGCGCUCUGGGACACUGCCGGACAAGAGGAAUACGAUCGCUUGCGCCCAUUAAGCUACCCCGAAAGCGACGUCAUUCUCAUCGUGUUCUCGAUCGACUUCCCAAAUAGCCUCGCCAACGUCCAGGACAAAUGGUAUCCUGAGGUAGCACACUUCUGUGAGGGCGUUCCGGUCAUCCUUGUCGCGACCAAGACCGACUUGCGGCGGGACGAACAGACGAAGCGCAUGUUGAGCGCCCAAGGUCAAGCGCCAGUCACCUCCGAACAGGGUAUGUCCGUCGCGCGCGAGAUCAACGCCAAGUACAUCGAGUGCUCGGCGAAGAUGGGUACCGGCGUGCAGGAGGUCUUUACGCUCGCCCUCAAAGAGAGCAUGCGCGGGCGCUGGGGCAAGAUCGUAAAGCAACGGCGGUGCGUCGUAACAUGACGCGCGCAAUAUCGCUCUGGCACAGGCGGGGUCUCGGCGGGACGAGCGACCUUGGAAGGGCUACGGCGGACUAUAUACUGAUCUCAUCAUCCUGCUUGCAUCGUGCACAUUGAUUUCCAUCUAUUCGCAUUACUGUAGACAUGUACGCUCUGCGUUGUAUUCACAUAAGUAUUGCUCGAAUUCUCGCUGGUAAAUAUCCCGGAAAGUCUAAUCGAGAGUUCCAAUAAAUUUUAUACAUCAGUG